GCAUGGAAUUCGGCAGAUGCGAACGCCAUGGGCAGAUGGGCCUGAAUAUGUUACUCAGUGCCCAAUCAUGCCAGGAAAUACAUACACUUACAAGUUUAACAUUGAAAAUCAGGAGGGAACACUGUGGUGGCAUGCUCACAGCAGAUGGCUCCGAGUCACUGUUUAUGGAGCUCUAAUCAUCUACCCUAAAGCGGGUUCUUCUUACCCAUUUCCAAAGCCCAAUGUAGAGUUUCCUGUUAUUCUAGGUGAAUGGUGGAACAGGGAUCCUAUAAGUGUGUUGAAUCAAGCACUUUUCUCAGGGGCAGCACCUAAUGUGUCUGAUGCAUACACCAUUAACGGUCAACCCGGUGACUUGUACCCAUGCUCCAGUCAAGGCACUGAGAGAUUUCCAGUGAACUCUGGCGAGAAAAUUAUGCUGAGAGUCAUCAAUGCUGCACUCAAUCAACAGCUCUUCUUUUCUGUAGCUAACCACAUGCUGACAGUUGUUGAAGCUGAUGCCUCCUAUACAAAGCCCUUCACGACUAACAUCAUAAUGCUGGGUCCAGGCCAGACAACCAACGUUCUUCUAACUGCUAAUCAGGCCCCAGGCCAAUACUACAUGGCAGCCAGAGCAUAUGCAACUGCACAAAAUGCACCAUUUGACAACACCACCACCACUGCUAUCCUUGAAUACAAAUCAUCUGGAAAAGGGACUGCAUCAAAUUCAAGGCCACUCCUGCCCCGCCUCCCAGCCUAUAAUGACACAGCCACUGUGACUGCAUUCCAGGCACAAUUCAGAAGUCCAUCCACAGCUAAGGUCCCACAAGAAAUAGAUGAAGACCUAUUCUUCACAGUUGGGUUCGGUUUUGUCAACUGUAAUCCUGGUCCCAGGUGCCAAGGCCCAAACAACACGCGAUUUGCAGCCAGCAUGAACAACGUGUCCUUUGUCUUACCAAAUACAAUUUCACUGUUACAGGCAUACUAUCAGAACAUUCAAGGAGUAUACACAACAGAUUUUCCUCCAGUUCCACUCACCCAAUUCAAUUACACAGGUAAUGUGAGUCGGGCCUUGUGGCAGCCUAUUUUCGGAACUAAACUCCAUAAGAUGAAGUUUGGUUCCAGUGUGCAAAUUGUUCUGCAAGACACAUCCAUCUUCUCAACUGAGGAUCAUCCCAUACAUCUUCAUGGUUACGAUUUCUAUGUUGUUGGGCAAGGUUUUGGAAACUUCAAUCCACAAAGGGAUGCAACGAAGUUUAACCUUGAUGAUCCACCUCUUAGGAACACAAUCGACGUUCCCGUUGGUGGGUGGGCAGUGAUCCGAUUCGUAGCAGAUAACCCAGGGGUGUGGUUGAUGCACUGUCAUAUAGACACUCAUCUUCCUUGGGGCUUGGCCAUGGCAUUCAUUGUAGAAAAUGGAGUCGGCAAGCUACAGACUGUUGAGCCUCCUCCAACAGAUCUGCCUCGUUGCUAAUAAGAUCUCUG